AUGUUACAGCUUAUCGAUCACAUACAACGAUUUAAUAAUUUUAUAUCUGUUAUAAAUGAUGCCUUAAAAUAUCUUUCAUCACUCACAUACGAUAUUGUUUGUUAUACAAUAUUACAUGCAUUAACAUCACCAAUCUCAUCAAUAUCAAUACCAUCAUAUAUUGAUGGAAAAAUGAGUCGUGAAAAUGCAACACCAGCACAAUAG